GCAAAGGGUCCCACAGGAAAAUCUCUCUUCUUAUUUUCUUCCUUCCUCUUACGCCGCCGCUUGCGGCCGUUGGUCGAUGGACGUGGGACAAUGGCAGCUACAACCCUUUCAAUUCCCUCCCACCUAACCUUCGUCUUGAGUCUUGACCCUCUUGUCUUGGCGAAAAAGUCCCCAUUUUUAUGUUCAGUGGAGAAUUUCCGUCUCCUAUAAGAGAGGAAUCUACAUCCUUCUUCUCUUCUCUGGGUUUUCGGUAAUUCGGUUUGAUUUCAAGCAACCUCUCUGUCAUGGCUCCCAGCAAGCCCAAUUCUACUAACGCUUCUGGAGAUGCCAACAUCCAAUACGCACGUCCUGAAAACGGUGUCAGUGAAUUUAGCGAUUCGCUGUCUCUGUUCCAUUCAGAGAAGGCAGUGCAGGAGCUUCUUCAGCAGACUCCAAUCUUAGGCACUGAUGAUCAUCUUAUAGAGUUCUCUGAGGCUCUAAGAACUGUUGCAAAGACAUUGAGACGAGCAGCUGAAGGAAAAGCUUCGGCUCAGGCCGAGGCUGCUGAAUGGAAGCGUCGAUAUGAACUGGAGAUGGCUCGCAACCAUAAAGUAAUGAGUUCCACAGAUUGUAUUGCAGACCCAUCUCACAGAGAGCAGAAUAAUGGUCCUGAUUGUCAAAGGCCGGAGACCUCAACCGACUCAUAUGAGCCAGGAAAUCACGCGAACGGAAAAUCUGAAGACUUCUUGGUAAAUGGUAUUUGCUCUCAUGAAAUUCUCCAGGACGGAGGGGCUAGUUCUGAUGCAAAGGCAGUUCAAAACAGAAUGAUGAGAAAGGCGUCUUUCAAGCUAUCCUGGUGGUGCAAGGGUGACGAUGGCAAUCAGGACAAACAUGAUAUUGUAUCAUUUGAAAAAGGAAACAUCACAACUGCAGGACGCACCAGUAAGCAGAUUUCUUUGAAGUGGGAGACCAACCCACAGACGGUGCUUAUUUUGACCAAACCAAAUUCGGUUUCUGUUCGUAUUCUAUGUGCACAAAUGGUCAGAUGGUUGAAAGAGCAUCAGAAGUUGAAUAUUUUUGUCGAACCACGAGUGAUCUCUGAACUUUUGGCCGAGUCAUCUUAUUUCAAGUUUGUGCAGAGUUGGAAAGAUGAUUCAGAAAUUUCACGCCUGCACUCAAAGGUUGACCUUGUGGUGACUCUUGGUGGUGAUGGCACUGUUCUUUGGGCUGCAUCAAUGUUCAAAGGACCAGUCCCUCCUAUCGUCCCAUUCUCUUUAGGCUCUCUUGGCUUCAUGACACCCUUCCACAGUGAGCACUACCGGGAUUGCCUAGAUUCUAUCCUGAGGGGUCCAGUCAGCAUAACACUGCGGCACAGGCUACAGUGCUAUGUCAUUAGAGAUGAAGCUAAGAACGAGUAUGAGACCGAGGAACCGAUACUCGUGCUUAAUGAGGUAACGAUCGACCGCGGGAUAUCAUCAUACCUCACGAAUCUGGAGUGCUACUGUGACAACUCGUUCGUCACGACUGUUCAAGGAGACGGUUUGAUUUUAUCCACUACAUCUGGAAGCACUGCAUACUCAUUGGCAGCUGGAGGAUCAAUGGUUCACCCGCAGGUGCCUGGGAUUCUUUUCACGCCAAUUUGCCCACAUUCCUUGUCAUUUCGGCCUCUGAUACUUCCAGAGAAUGUCACUGUACGAGUGCAAGUUCCUUUCAACAGCAGGAGCCCUGCUUGGGCAUCCUUUGACGGGAAGGACAGGAAGCAGCUGGCAGCUGGCGAUGCACUUGUGUGCCGCAUGGCUCCAUGGCCUGUCCCCACUGCCUGUUCUGUGGAUUCCACGGGAGACUUCCUUCGCAGCAUACAUGAGGGACUCCAUUGGAACUUGAGAAAGACUCAGUCUUUCGAUGGGCCACGAGAAUCGUGAGAUCAGUAAGUUAGUUAAAUGUUCGAUAUUUUUAAUUAUGAUGAUGAUGAUGAGAAUGUAGUAGGAGGAAAUGAGACUUGAUAUACAUUGGGAUAUCGAACUGGGGACCGGAUUUGGUAGAUCUGUAUUGUAGAGAAUAGAGCUUAGAGUUGAUUAAAAUACGUAGAAUUGUAACGUAGAGAGGAAGCGAAAUAAGAUUGAUAUUUGGAUUUCAUACAUCUUGAGUACAGAAACUCCUUUCCAGCAUUCAUCCUGUUUUCAUUGUCUCCAUUUCGGAAAGCUUCUGCGGUCCGGUGUUGUGGCCAAUUUGGGAAACUGUUCUUUGUUGAGAUGGAAAAUUUGCACAUGGAACAAUCCUAUCGAUAAGAUUCUGUCUGUGAUAUUGGUAUGGUUGUUGGAUAUGCAAACAUUCUCCCUUCUGCACUCUUCCAUUAAAGUCUUACAUGCCCUUUUGCAUCAAUUUGAGCCAAGCAGAGCAUAUUAUAUAGAAUAUGGGCAUGUGUGUACCAUGAGAAUAGGUGAAACUAAGGAUGGUUCUUUUCUGCACAUGCAUUGCUUGCUAUUUAAGGGUCAAACAGAGCCCUUUGUUUCCAUUCAAAGCAAAAAGACCUAAAAGACUGGGUCCUGUUUCCAGUAAGGAAAGAAGGAUCAGUAUUUGAGCUAUGAAAAGUCUGGAUUCAGGAAUGACAAUGGGGCGGGUUGCAAUUAUUGUCCUUUGAUCUAGGUGUGGGAAGCUCACACUUGAUUCUAACUAAAUUGUAGAAUGAGAGGUAUCACAGCGGAUGAAGUAGUGACAAGAUCCGCACCUAUCCGUCUGAAUAGGUUGUGUCAAAUCCGAGAGAGUAGGCUAUGUCGAAAUUAUCAUCCUCGACCUGAACUACCCUUCUAUGUUCAUAGUUUUAACUUGAACAAUUGUAAAGGUUUCAGGUAUGCAGUGGCAGGCAGCACACAUGAAGGAAGACUAAAAAGUCAAUAGAAAGAAUUGCAGGGAACAUUAAUUCAGCAGCAAUCUUAGCUUUAACAAACUAGCUUUGUGCCCGACCAGUUGGGUGAAUUUCGUAUGGU